AUGGAAGGCAUGGGGACUUUAUCAGCUGAAGAGCAAUUCAAAGAUAAGAAGAUACACAUUCUUUUAGCAGCAAGCGGGAGCGUGGCAGCGAUAAAAUUGCCAAAUAUCGCGGAAGCUCUUGGCCGGCACAAAAAUGUCUGUAUUCGCAUCAUUGUGACCAAGUCUGCGGAGAAAUUUCUUUCGGGUCAAAGCUCAGAGCAACCUCUACUCAAUGCGCUAGAGCAGUUGCCUGGGGUUGAUGCUAUUUACCGAGACGAAGACGAAUGGAAAGACCCCUGGACUCGUGGCGAGCCCAUUUUGCAUAUUGAGCUUCGAAAAUGGGCCCAUGUCCUGCUUGUCGCCCCUUUAUCGGCGAACACGCUGGCGAAGAUGACAAUGGGGAUUGCAGAUAAUCUGCUUCUCUCCGUCAUCAGAGCAUGGGAUACCACUGGGAAGGUAGACUCGGGUCUCAAGGACAGAAAGCCUGUAGUGUUCGUUGCUCCAGCUAUGAACACCGCGAUGUGGAAUCACCCAGCCACUAAAAGGCAACUCAAAAUAUUAACAGACGAGUGGGGGGUGAGUCGGACAAAUGAAGAAGGUUGGGUCACUGUACUUCACCCAAUCGAAAAAUCACUUGCUUGUGGUGAUACUGGUAACGGUGCCAUGAUGGAUUGGAAAGAUAUAGUUAACGUAGUAGAGCAUCAUCUUGGAAUCAGUAGUGUUAAGAUAAAAGAUAUUCGCUGCGGAACUUGA